UUUUGUUUUGCUCACGACUACGUAACAGACGACCUUAGGAGACCCUUCAAGUUCACGUUGUUCUCGUCCAUUGAUUAAAGUUGGAUAGAUAAAUUGUAAAAAUUAGUUCGUUUUGUAAGUUGUGAUGGCGAGAGACGAAACAGACGACACUCUCCCUUCACAAGAUGUGGCGAAAGAAUUUUACGCCAAGUACGAGCCCAAGGAGAUACUUGGAAGAGGUGUGAGUUCCACUGUGAGGAGGUGUGUGGAAAAAGAAACUGGGCGCGAAUAUGCGUGCAAAAUCAUGGACAUUAAUGGUGAUCCUUCUGAAAUAGAAGGACCUGCCAUGAGAGAAGCUACUCUAAGAGAGAUUGCUAUUUUACGCAGAGUAGCCGGACAUCCUUAUAUCAUUGAACUGCAUGAUGUUUUUGAAUCCGAGACAUUCAUAUUUCUUGUUUUCGAGUUGUGUAGAAAUGGGGAACUUUUUGAUUACCUUACUAGUGUUGUUACUCUCUCUGAGAAGAAAACCAAGUACAUUAUGAAGCAGUUAUUUGAAGCCCUGCAACAUGUUCAUAGACUGAAUAUUGCCCAUCGUGAUCUUAAGCCAGAAAACAUUCUUCUGGAUGACAGCUUGAACGUCAAAUUGACAGAUUUUGGAUUUGCCAGAAUAUUGAAUCCUGGGGAAAAGUUGUAUGAGUUGGUUGGAACACCUGGGUAUCUUGCACCUGAACUACUCAAAUCAAACAUGUUUGAGGGGCUUGAUGGCUAUGGCAAGGAAGUUGAUAUAUGGGCUUGUGGAGUAAUUAUGUUCACCCUAUUAAUUGGUUGCCCCCCGUUUUGGCAUCGAAAACAAAUGGUGAUGUUGCGCAACAUUAUGGAAGGCCGUUAUAGCUUUACCUCGCCUGAAUGGGAUGACAUAACAGAAGCCCCCAAAGAUCUCAUUUCUAAGCUUCUCGUCGUUGAUCCUAAGCGACGCCUCACAGUGGACGAGGCAUUGAAGCACGAAUUUUUCCAAGUUCUUCGACCCGAUGAUUUCAGCAUUAUUUCCUCGUCGACUGGGUUAGGAGCACCUGGAACGACCCACUAUCAAGGAAGAGUAUUUAACGCACGCCGGAUGUUCCGCUUUGGCAUUUUAUGCGUUCAGUCAAUGGUCCGCAUCCGGCGGUUGAAAUUCACGCCGGAGCCUUUGUCCAUCUUGGUUGCUCGACGCGAUCCAUAUCGUAUGAAAGCUGUUCGAAAAGUUAUUGAUGCCUGCGCAUUUCGAGUUUACGCGCAUUGGGUCAAGAAAGGCGAAGGUCAAAAUCGUGCAGCCCUAUUUGAACAUCACCCCAAAAUUGAAUUGAAGCACUUGUAUUUGUCAAAUCUAAACCAAAAUCGAUCGUAAUAAUCGAGAUUUGACCGUUCAACUUUCCUACCAAGGAUUAGCUUUGUUUUAGAUAGUUUAAUUGAAAUCGUGUGAGAACUUUUGAAUUUACCUCCGGAGAUGUAGUAUUGACUAUGUUGUAAAGCACUCGGAUUUUCAUAUUCCUAACUAUACUCCGAAUUGUUCGUCUUCACCCCACUCUUUAUUGAUUUUUUCUCGGCUUUCAAAGCGGAAUUAUUUAACAGUUUUUCUUCGUUUUCAUGCGAGAUGACUCGGUAUGAUUAGAAAAAACAAACAAAAAAACAAACAAGGAAUGCCAUUUUUCCCUGCCGUGUUCACUUCCUGCCUCUUGUGUCCUAUCGUGUGUGAAAUUCUUAUUUUAAACUAAUGCUCCCCGUAGGACAUUAGUAAUAAACUGCGAUUGACUAUUUA